AUGGCGCCUUUCAAAGUUGGAUCUGUCGAUGUUAAGAUGCGUGACACACGCAGACCUCAGGCUCCUCCAGCAGCACCGAAAACUGUGGAGCUACCGGCGGGGCAUAAGAAGCGUCCAGAUUGCCGCGCUGUGACAAGUCCCAUCAUCUUAGACCAAGAUCAAAUUCUUACUCUUCGAGAUGGAGUUAAGAUCCGUGCAGACAUAUACCGCCCUAAGACGGAUGAGAAGGUGCCUGCCAUUGUUAUGUGGGGGCCAUACGGCAAAAGUGGCAGCGGGCUGCUGAACAUCCAUACCGUGCCGCUGAGGGCUGGCAUUCCUACCGAGAAACUCUCUGGUUACGAGAACUUUGAGGGACUUGAUCCGAUUGAGUGGGUGCCAAGAGGCUAUGCCAUCGUCAACAUUGACGCAAGGGGUGUCGGCGAUUCUGAAGGCGACCUCUACUGGUGGGGCACUGCUGAAGGCCGAGAUGGUAGUGAUGCCAUUGAAGAACUUGCCAAGCUACCUUGGUGUAGCGGGAAAGUUGGCUUGGCCGGUAACUCAUGGCUGGCUAUAUCCCAGUAUUUCAUUGCGGCCCAACAACCUCCCCACCUUGCCGCCAUUGCACCUCUAGAAGGACUCGCCGACCCUUUUAGGGAGGAGUCUUUCCGUGGAGGAAUUCCUUCGACAAGUUUCUCGCAAUCGAUUGCAGAUAUACUGUCAGGCCGACAGCAACAAGAGGACACGUGUGCUAUGGUUAAGUCGUUUGACACAACGAACGACUACCUGGAAGACAAGCGUGUGGACUUUUCGAAAGUUCAAGUGCCUGCCUACAUUGGAGCCAGCUACUCAUCUGACCUUCAUGGUGUUGGUUCUUUGCGUGCAUUUGAGGAAAUCCCACACGACAACAAAUGGCUGGUUUUGCACGAGACCCAGGAAUGGUACGACUUGUAUACUUCAGAGCGCACAGAAGACCUUAACCGGUUCUUCGAUCACUAUCUCAAGGGUGCCGAGAAUGACUGGCUGCAAUCACCAAAAGUACGCCUGGCGCUACUGAACUAUACGAAACCGCCUAUUGUAAACAAGGUCUUCUCGGAUAUUCCUUGGCACCUACCAUCUGCCGUAUCACGACAGCUGCAUCUCACCUAUGACAAGAAACUAUCGGCUGAAAAGGCUUCGCUGGCCUCAGAGAUAUCUUACCAAGCUGAUACAGCUGACCAAGUCGUCUUUACUUACGAUAUCCCCUCGAAAACAGCCGUCGUCGGUCCCAGUACACUGACAAUUGACAUCUCCUCAUCUGAUCACGACGAUUUGGAUGUUUAUACGCACAUUUACAAGGCGGACGCAAACGGAAACAUCCUUUCGAAUAAGAACAUUCCAACCCCCGAGAGUCUUUCAGCUGAAAAAGAAGCUCUCCUUACCAAGAACAGAGUCUUCCGAUACUGGGGCCCGGAGGGAAUACUGCGCGCCUCACAUCGCCACCAAUCCGCCGAACUGGCUACAAAGUCAUGGAGGCCACUGUCGCACAAAUACAUCCAGAAGGUUAAGCCCGGCGAUGUUGUAAGAUUGGAGAUUCAGCUGUGGCCGACAGGAAUCGUAUUCGAAGCCGGUGAGAAACUGGUUCUGAAGAUUAGUGGUGAAAAGAUUGGAAUCGCAGCUCUUCCGACGUUGGCCAAAGCACCUAACCCGAACAAGGGAAAACAUGUCUUGCAUGUGGGUGGACAGUUUGAAGGCCAUUUGCAGCUUUUCACUAUUGAUGUCUAG